CGAAACGCCACGGCCGGCCUCCGUGGGAGUCGCGGCUGGGGGCUGCGCGUCAUCUGCUCCGGCUCCGGCUCCGGCUCCGGCUCCGGCUCCGGCUCCGGGUGCGCGCGCCGUCCCCCCACCCGCAGACUGACUUCCGCCCGGCCUCGCCCAGCGCGAGGGGUGCGCGGCCUCCCGGAGCCCCCGGAGACUUGGACCGCUGAGCGGGAGGAGGCGGCGGGAGCGCGAGCUCCGACCAGCGUCUCGGCGGCGCCGCGGGGUACUAUUAAGAGAACGUUCAUCUGGGAAGUGGAAGUUGCUUCUGACCGAUUGCUUCUGAAUCUCUUUAGGAUUUACAGAUGGAUUCCGUGGAAAAGACAACAGACAGAAGUGAACAAACAUCAAGUAGAAAGUUUUUAAAAAGCCUCAUCCGGAAACAGCCCCAGGAGCUGCUCCUGGUCAUGGGGACGGGAGUCAGUGCCGCUGCGGCCCCAGGGAUCCCCGCCCUGUGCUCGUGGAGGAGCUGCAUUGAGGCCAUCAUCGAGGCCGCGGAGCAGCUCGAGGUGCUGCACCCCGGGGACGUGGCCGAGUUCCGCAGGAAGGUGACCAAGGAUGGGGACCUGCUGGUUGUCGCCCAUGACCUGAUCCGGAAGAUGUCCCCUCGCACGGGCGACUCCAAGCCCAGCUUCUUCCAGGACUGCCUGCUGGAGGUGUUCGACAACUUGGAGCAGCACAUCCAGAGCCCGCUGGUGCUGCAGUCCAUCCUCAGCCUGAUGGAGAGGGGCACCAUGGUGCUGACCACCAACUAUGACAACCUGCUGGAGAUCUUCGGGCAACAGCACAACAAGCCCAUGGUGUCUCUGGAUCUGAAGGACAAGACCAAGGUCCUUCAGUGGGCUAGAGGACACAUCAAAUACGGAGUUCUUCACAUUCACGGCUUAUACACAGAUCCCUGCGGGAUGGUGUUGGACCUAUCGGGAUACAAAGACGUUACCCAAGACCCGGAAGUCAUGGAAGUUCUUCAGAACUUGUACCGCACCAAAUCCUUUCUGUUUGUGGGCUGCGGAGAGACCCUCCGUGAUCAGAUAUUCCAGGCCCUCUUCCUUUAUUCGGUGCCGGACAAGGCGGAUUUGGAGCACUACAUGGUUGUGCUCAAGGAGAGCGAAGACCAUUUCUUUAAGCAGCAGGCAGACAUGCUUCUGCGUGGGAUCAAAGUCGUGUCCUACGGGGACUGCUUUGACUACUUUCCGGGGUAUGUGCAAGACCUUGCCACUCAGAUCUGCAAACAGCGAAGUCCAGAUGCCGAUCGAGUGGACAGCACCACGUUGUUCGGUAAUGCAUGCCAGGACUGUGCAAAGAGGAAGUUAGAAGAAAAUGGAAUUGAAGUUUCAAAGAAACUCAGACAAUCAGAUACUGGUCACCAAUGACCUCUAUGUCGGUAAAUGCAACGCUCAAUUCUCAGUUCACAUCCCAGGUGACCUUUGCAGAUGGUACGGUGGCGGGGGGUGGGGGGGGGGCGGUCCUCCCCGUUCCUCUGACGUCAAGGACAAGGACAUGGCCUCCGCCCCAGUGCCUCACCCAUUGCUCCAGGCCCCAGUCUCCUAGCAGCUCCUCCUCAUCUCUCUAACUUCUUGACGCUGCAGUGCCUUCGGGGCUCAGCGCCUAGAGCACUCCUCCAUCUGAUUAGCUCCCUUGGUGAUUUCAUCUGCUCUGGAGGUUUUAAGUAUCUUCUAUUGAUAGUUCUGACCUCUCUCUUUAACCCUGGCCUCACGGGUCCAACAGCUUCCUCAACUCCAUGUGGGUGUCUAGCGUGAACUCGUGCAAAAUCAAACUCCUCACCUACCCCUCAAACUCAUCCCUCCUGUGGUCCUCUCCAGCUUAGUGAAUGGCAGCUCUUAUCACUCCCGUUGAUUAGGGUCCCUCCUACCCCACGCCCUGUCUGCUCCCACACUGGUCCAACCCGCCACGAUCCUCCAGUCUGACUGCUACACGAGUUUCCUAAUCCUGUGCCUGCCACUGCUGCACACAGUCUAUUCUCUACAGGCGCCAGGCUCCCUCUGGCCUCAGGGCCUUUGCACUUGUUCCUCAUGUCUAGAACAUUCUUCCCUUAGAAUUCUCCCCUAGAACAUCCAUCCACGUGACUUGCUCCCUUAUUUUCUUCAAAUCUUUGCUCAGAUACUACCUUUUCAAAUAGGCCUUCCCAGAAGACUUUUAAAUAUUGCAAACCCUUCCCUGUUACUAUCACCAUUCCCUUCUUUAAUUUUCUCGAUAGCAUCUGUCAUUUUCUAAUAGUCUCUAUAUUAGAGAAUUACUUUACUAAUACACCUUAUUUAUCAUCUGUCUUCCUCAACUAAACUGAAGCAGCUUAGAGGCGGGGCGUCUGCCGUCGUCACUGCCGCCUCUAACGUCCACUUUUGAAAACAUACUUAUUUGGCUGCGGCACGUGGGAUCUAGUUCCCUGACCAGGGAUCGAACCCAGGCCCCCUGCACUGGAAGCAUGGAAUCUUAGCCAUUGGACCACCAAGGAAGUCCCUCUAAUGUCUGUUAACACCACUCGACACACAGUAAAUAUUUAAUAAAUAUCUGUUGAAUAAAUGGGAUGGGGGUGACACCUAGUAUUAGUCUUAUUCUGCUAAGAUUUACUUCACACAGGCUCUUGUUUAAGUUCCUGCCUCCUGUUUUUCCCAAAGUCCUCCUGCAUUAAUGGCAUUUUCUUUUCCUUUCCUGUAAUUGCCAAUUCCUUUUCCUUCUUGAGACCAGUAGAAAACAGCUGUAAAACUUUUAUGUUGAUCUUUCUGAUCAUGAUAAUAGAGAGGCAGCAUCAUCUAUACCUUAGUUCUUCAUCUAAUGCUUUGAAUGUCAAAAGUUAAUUGCCUUAAUUUUAGCUAACAUUUUUCCCCUUGCUUUAUUUUACAAACGUUAAGUGUCACCAUCAUCAGUGGAAAUGAGGAGGUUAAACAUUUUUUUCAGAAGAAAUACUUUAACAUUCCUUACUAAAUAGCAGAUCUCUGAAUAGGGACAAGGAAAAUAAUAUACAAGUUAGGUGUUUUUAUUUUGUUUGGCUUUGUUGUUGGUACUGUUUUUUGGCAAUCCUGAUUUCACAUCUGGCCAUUUGAUACUCCUUUUUCUCCUUUAUUUUCUAUGAAGCUGGAAUAUUAGUAGCUACUGAUAAUAACAAAUUGAAUAAAAAUCUGUCGAAGACUGAA